AUUACUCUAUACAACGGGAAGAAAAUGUCAUGGUCACUUAGAACACUUGUCAACACUGUACAAAAAGUUCUGGCGGUUUCGAAUUAAAAUUCAAAAAUGUAAAACCAGGGUACUGAAUGCUCCCUUUACUACCUUUUUAAUACACGAUUCAUUGUUCAACUAGUUUACUCGAAAUAUAAUUCGCAUUAAGUUCAGAUCAAUAUGAUAAUUGAAAUGUAUAGUCGCAGGCGGCAGGCAAAUAUUGAUUAUGAGAAAAGCAGCAGGUAACAGGUAACGUGUUUCAGAUAUGUAGAUAUCAUUCACAGUCAAGGGAAAUUGUGUGGUUGAGUAUCAACAAUGUUUAAAUCGCCAUUGUUUUCUUGUGUAAUAUUUUUGCUUUUAUUCACACAAUUAGAAACUAAAAUUCUUCGAGGACGCUUGAUUACACGUGAAAAUUGGGCAUUUUUAGCGAGAUUCUGUUUUUUAACAGAACAUGGUACAUUUCGGUAUGAUUUCGAACUAAGUGGCGAAGAAAAAAAUUUGGAACUAUUAUUGUACUAUGAUGCGCCCGAUCAAUGGCCUAGCGUUUAUCUUUCAAAUAAAACAUGUAUGGAAAGGGAAGAAAUACUUCAGGAUGGAAUUGGUCAAAUAGUACCAUUAUCAACACUUAUACCGGUACAAUCUGGAUGUAGAGAAGAAGAUUCGGUAGUGCGAUGCACCAGCUACCGAAGAUUUCGAUCAUCUCGCCCGAGAUGGUGGUUCAUCGCGUUAGCUGAUUGUGCUUCAGAGAAUGGACUGAAUAUUUCGUAUUGGAUAUCGUUAACAAAUGCACAACCUAGCAGUUUUUGGAGAGAACACUUCUCAGCAGAUGAAUUCUAUAUAUUACCAGAGUUAAUAGCAAUUGGCAGUAUAUACGUUAUACUUGUAAUACUAAGUUUCUACAUAGCAGUACAAUUGAGGGCAAGACGGCUGUUACACGUGUCUUAUAAAAUUUUUAUGGCUUCUUUACUUUCCCAAUUAAUAGGAAUACUGUGUGAAAUUUAUAGUUACAUGAACCUUGGCUUAAAAGGAGUGGCAUCUGAUCAUGCUUCCUUGAUUGGUCAACUUUUAGAAGCCUGUUCAGAUAUUCUAUUUACUGUACUUAUGUUACUACUCGCGAUUGGUUUUACGGUGACAAAAAGUGUUCUUACAGGGAGACAAGUUCGAUGGAUUAUAUGCUUUGUGUGUUUUACUUCUUUCUUUCAGUUUUCGUUAUACAUUUAUCAGUCCGAUGUAUUUGAUCCUGGAUUGGUAUUGUACAUUUAUGAAUCACCACCAGGAUAUAUGUUAAUAGCUUUAAAGCUAAUUGCAUGGAUUGUCUUUUCUCUUCGUUGCAUGAAGACAAUCAAAAAAAUGCAAACAAAACUUCAUUUUUAUGGUUCAUUAUUUUCCUUGGGAUCAGCGUGGUUUUUAUGUCAUCCGCUAACGGUACUCUGCAUUACUUUAUUGGUAGAUGAUUGGAUAAGAGAAAGUGUAGCAAAAGGAUGUUCACUAUGGAUUGUCUUUGUGGGACAUGUAGUAUUUUUGUUCAUCACUCGGCCAUCUAUGGCUAACAAACGGUUUCCAUUUCAUAUUAGAACAUGUCAAGUAAUGCCAAUUGGUGGUGAUGGACAAGACCACAGUUAUGAACCUCGUCUUAGAACAACGAAUGCCGCAUUUACUAUUUCACAUUUACCACCACCUAUUCCCUAUCAGUGACUACACUCUAAAAUAGGUCACUUUUAAACAUUUAAAAUCAUGAGAGAUCAUAAAUCAUUAUCAGUCACAAGACCCAUCAAGCCAACCAUCUCUCCAUCUUUGAUUAAUAAGAGUACAAUCGAAUUUUGGUUUUCCAAUUUUCUUGUUUACCUCAUUAUGUAUGUCACAAAGCCAACUACUCAAUGUUUUUUGUGAGUCAGUUUGUGGUGGAGACUGUUUUAACUGUUCUCGUAAAUCUUCUGCACAUACAUAACAAGGAUAAAACUGAGAAAAUGAAUAAAAGAACUGCUUCAUAUAUGACUUUUGUGCAUCACUUGGAUGAUCAGGAUAAUAUGCUGCCAUGAUUGAUUUUUCUCUUGCUUUUUCUCAGAUUCCUGUUAAAAAAACAAACACAUAUAAAUAAAAAAUGGAAAUAUGAAUAUUAACUUGUAUACAUUUUGUAUAAUUA